AUGGAAGAUUAUUCAAAACUUGUACUUUCGGAUAAAUGGCCAACAUUAAUCAAUGGAAAAAAAACCUCGAUCAUUAAACCAAAAUUCGUUCCGGAAUGUUUUACACUUGUAUUGCGGUACAUUCCAAAAUCAUUUUCUACUCAAAUUGUAACUGAAGAAAUUAAAAGAUCAAUAAGUUCAGCGGACAACAUUAAACAAAUUAUUUAUUCAUAUAAUCGUACUACAAAUGACUUCCGUUUUACAGUCUCCGACCUGACGGAAUAUGAAGGAGCGUUAAAACUCGGUCGAAUAUCAAUUGGUAAUCGUCUUCAUCCUGUUACAGUAUAUCAACCGGCAAAUAAGAUGACUUUUUGUACUAAUUGCUGGUUAAUUGGUCAUACACGUGCAACAUGUUUGGUGCGGGAACGUAAAUGUCGUAUUUGUUUAAAGGUUUACGAUCACGAUCAUACAAGUACAUGUUCAGGUAAACCACUUUGUGCCCAAUGUGGGCAAGAUCAUCACUCACUAGAUCCUAAAUGUGAAUACAUUCAACAAUACAGGAAGAAGUUGAACUCGGAAGUGAAACAAGCAAUUAAUGAUGGUAGUAUUAAUCGUAAACCUAUUCAAGUACAUCAACAACAUCAAUCACAAUUUGUUGGAGCUGCUUAUGAUAUUGAAUAUCCAGCACUACCUAAUAUCAAUAUCGAUAACAUCAAGUCUAAGAAAAACAAAGUAUGGCAGGAUGUUACAUCUCAACUUACGACAACCAAUAACACCUAUUCAAACGAUAUUAUCAUUAACAUGCUGUACAAAAUGAACAAUGAUUUAAAACGGGAUAUGUUAUCAAUGAAGGAUAUGAUUAUAAAAAAAAUAGAUGAACAAGUGAUGUUAAACACAAAAAACAUCCAAUUGCAUCAAGUAAGCUUAUGUACAAUUAAUACAUGA